AUGAGGGCAGUAGUCGCACCAGAACGUGCACUGGCCAUUCAGCAGCUCGUGGCCUCAUUCAAAGUUGGAGCCCCUCGCCCUCUCAAGGUGUUUCAGAAGAUGCUGGGCCUCAUGGCCUCCACGUCUCCGGUGCUUCAGCUGGGCCUGCUUCGCAUGCGGUCCCUUCAGUGCUGGCUGAAUCCGCGAGUUCCGUCACACGCCUGGCGUCUCGGACGCCUUCAUGUCAAGGUGGACCAGGCCUGCGUAGCAGCUCUGGCCCCUUGGAAAGACUCGGUGGAUGGAACGGGGCGUGCUCCAGGGAAUGUUUUGCAGAAGGAAGAUGGUCUAGACAGACGCUUCAAACACGGGUGUGCCGGGCAGGUUGAACCAGGGAGCAGACAUGCUAUAUCAGAGCAACAUCCCCUCAGAAGAGUGGAUGCUCCACCAACAUAUGGUUCAGAGAAUCUGGGAGAUCUUCGGCAAGACAGAAUGUCCUUUGAACGCGCUAUCUUCAUAACUGUAAUAGCACUGACCUUUAUAACCUCGUGUGACACGAUCAAGCCCACUCAGAGGCCGAAGUACCAGUACACCAAGAAACCCCCCCGAGAGGUGGUCCAAACUACUCUAUAUGUAGGCAAGCCUACAGUCACAGCACGGAUUGUGGACUACACCAAAACCAGAGAGCGCUUCCCUGUGCACGUCACAGAGAGCACUACAGUUCCUGCUGACAGCUAUAUAGACUACCCUACAGACACCACCACAUCUCCCACCACGGCCAAAGACAAUUACACGCUAGACUACAAUGAAUGCUACUUCAACUUCUGUGAGUGCUGCCCUCCAGAGAAAGGCCCGCAAGGCUUCAAAGGAGAUAUAGGACUGAUCUUCAUAACUGUAAUAGCACUGACCUUUAUAACCUCGUGUGACACGAUCAAGCCCACUCAGAGGCCGAAGUACCAGUACACCAAGAAACCCCCCCGAGAGGUGGUCCAAACUACUCUAUAUGUAGGCAAGCCUACAGUCACAGCACGGAUUGUGGACUACACCAAAACCAGAGAGCGCUUCCCUGUGCACGUCACAGAGAGCACUACAGUUCCUGCUGACAGCUAUAUAGACUACCCUACAGACACCACCACAUCUCCCACCACGGCCAAAGACAAUUACACGCUAGACUACAAUGAAUGCUACUUCAACUUCUGUGAGUGCUGCCCUCCAGAGAAAGGCCCGCAAGGCUUCAAAGGAGAUAUAGGACUGGCAGGCCCACCUGGAGAAAAGGGAGUACCUGGACCCAAAGGUACGCCGGGCCCAAUAGGGCCAAAGGGCUUUACAGGACCUAAAGGAGAUAAAGGAGAGAAAGGUGAUCAAGGAAACAUAGGAUUCACUGGAUCUCCAGGCAUCCAGGGAAAGGCUGGAAUGAAAGGUGAGAUGGGUAUUAAAGGUGAGAAGGGUGCAGCUGGAUUGCCAGGAUUCAAAGGUUCGAAAGGAGAAAAAGGAGAUCCAAAUUUGAAUGUGUCAAAGGGUGACCAGGGAGAGCCAGGCAAAGAUGGACCACCGGGACCCCAAGGCAUGACUGGUGAAAAGGGUGAAAAGGGUGAUAGAGGAGAGUGCGGUUUACUUGGUGACAGGGGCCAGAAAGGUGAGCCAGGUGAUCCUGGACCACCAGGUGUGCGUGGAGACCCUGGUCCAUCUGGGCAACACGGCAUGCACGGGACUCCAGGAAGCGCCGGAGAACGCGGGGUACCAGGAGUUCCUGGAGCAAAGGGCGAGCCAGGAGCACGUGGACCAGCAGGAGUCAAAGGUAUACGAGGUCUGAGGGGAAUGAAGGGUGACCAUGGCCCCCAAGGGAAACGUGGAGACCGAGGCCUACGGGGACUGAAGGGUUCUAUGGGUCAAAGUGGACCGAGACUACGGUCUGCUUUCAGCGUCGGCCUGUAUCCAAGCAAGUCUUUCCCUCCAUCGGGAUUUCCAGUUCGCUUCGACAAGGUCUUCUACAAUGGAGAAAACCAUUACGACAUAGUCACUAGCAAAUUCAACUGCACCUACUCAGGAGUUUACGUGUUCUCCUACCAGAUCACAGUGAGAAACAAGCCGCUGCGUGCUUCUCUGGUGGUGAAUGGGGUGCGUAAGGUACGUUCGAGAGACACCCUACAGGGUCAAGACAUUGACCAGGCAUCCAAUCUAGUGAUCCUGAAGCUGGAUGUGGGAGACGAGGUGUGGGUAGAGACGCUGAGAGACUGGAACGGUGUCUACUCCAGCAGCGAGGAUGACAGCACCUUCUCUGGGUUCUUGCUCUAUCCUGACUAACACCUUCUUCAUGGCUAGAUCUCGAACUGAACUUUACAUGACAUGGACA